AUGGACAUGCUCAAUGAGGUGGAGGUGGACAUCAACGCUCCACCGCUUGAUCCCUAUAGGGAUGAUGAUUUGGAGGGAGGAGAGGAUGCGGAGGGAGGAGAUGAGGAGGAGGAGGAUGAUGAUGAUGAAGACAUCACAGAGAUACAAGAGGAGGCGUUCACCGCCGUUGCUCGCCCCCCCGUCCGCUCGUCGAACUACACCGACGCGGAAGAUAUACUCUUGGUUCGAGCUUGGGCGUCGGUGGGGUUGGAUGCGGGCACCGGUACCGACCAAACCGGUAAACGGUAUUGGCAGCGCAUCGAGGACGCCUACCUUAAGAUGAAGCCGAAGAGGAGUGGGUUCGCCUCUCGCUCAUUCCGGUCGCUUCAAGGCCGGUGGGACUUGAUGAAGCCGGCAUGUGCGCGUUGGAGUGCCGCCAUGGACCAAGUGAUGGAUGCGCCGCCGAGUGGCACCGUGGAGAGUGACUAUGAGAAGAUUGCCGGCUUGAGGUACAAGGAGAUGGCCGGCUCCAAGGGCAAAGAAUUCCCAUUCAAGCAUGUUUGGUCAAUUCUUCAAACAUAUGACAAGUGGAAGUUGAGAGAUGAUGAAACCGCACCGAAGAAGUCCGCAAUGCUUGACAUGGAUGAUCCGGAUGUUGAGGAGAGGAACUUGAACAAGCCCGAGGGAACCAAGAAGGCCAAGCUUAGGGUGAAGAUGGAAGGAGAGGCGGCUAGCCUAAGGGAGAAGAUGGAUCAUAUGAUGAAGGCAAGAGAGGCUUUGGCAACCAAGACGUUGGAGACAAAGCUUCUCAUCACCGAGCAAAAGAAGGUGGUCAAGCUUGCACACAUUGAAGCAAAGCGUGAGGAGGCAGCCCGCAAAAAAGACAUGGAUGAAGAGCAAUUGCAAUGGUGGAAGGAGUACAAGGAGGACAUCGCCGAGAGGAAGAGGAUGUUCCGAGGGUCCUCCUCUACCUUUGUAGUUGACACUACCAUGAGCGAUGGCGGUGUCGACAACUCGCAUGAUGGUGGGGUUUGA